AUGCGCUCCCACAGGCCCUUGAGACAAUCAAUUGAGACAAUCAAUGUCAACUAUUCUGCAGAUCAAUGGCUAGUCUGCACUGUUGAGGCUGCAAACUCAUUUUUCAGGAAAUCACAAGACAAUCAAGGUCAACUAUCCUGCAGAUCAAUGGCUCCAAGUCUUCACUGGGAAAGCCAAGGAAACGUUGGUGCAGGUGUCUAUUCUGAACUCUUCCCAACGUUGGUGCACUCUUCACUGAUGGGUCAUACAUAG